AUGAAGCGAAAUGAUGCUUCAGACCAAGCUGUCAAUGCCAAAAGGCCUCGUCGACAAGAUCCGGUGUCCUGUGAAUCGUGUCGGAAGAAAAAGCUGAAGUGCGACCGACAGCGGCCCUGUGGCAGCUGCCUCACCCGCCAACUGGCCUGCUCGUUCCGUAGCAACCAGAGCACAGUCUCAGAGGCUCCGAGUCCCAGCUACAAUGUCAACAGCCCCGUUCGCAAUAUCCCUAGUCCCCGGCAGUACCUCCGGGAGCCUCAGACCGCAAAGCCUCCCCACAACAAAGAGUCCUCCGAGACAGCAGACUGGCUGGAGCACAUCCACAUGGGCGACCGCGUCCCAGCUGCUGUUAGCCCUCAGAUCCAAGCUGGCUUGGAAGAUCAGACUCCGGAGAGUCAGGGUCAGAGCCCGGCCAGCACCCUGUUGUCCAUCCUGGACUCGUGGGUCCCAAACGACAACCCGGCCACGGUGGAAUUGAUCAAGUUUCUGCCAGCAGAGUCUGAUACACAGGCCCUGUUCAGCUACUUUUGCCGCUACAUCAGCUAUCUCUAUCACAUCAUUGUGCCCCACGUUGUCGAGGGCCAGAUCAACGAGGUGUACCGGUCCCUCAACCGUGAAUCCCCCGUCAACUACAACCACCUUGCUCUUGUCUUCGCAAUAACCGGCUCUUCGCUCUUCUUACAAUGCUCCAUUGACUCCUCUUCACACGCUGCGCGAUGCAGUCAGCAGUUCUCGUUCCUCACCGGUGCUGCCUUGAUUCAGGCUAACUACCUCUCAUGGCCCACCAUCGAGGGGCUUCAGGCGGUGCUGAUCGCGUUCCACAACAUGUCAAAUAUGCACUGCUCCGCGUCCGUUCGGAGCCUCUUCACCGUCAGCCACAUCAUUGAGCAAGCUAAGAAUAUGAUGCUACACCAGGUCGACACGCCUCAGGCGCGGAAAAAGAGAGAAUCGCAGUGGGUUGACCCUGUGACGGUAGAAAUACAACGCCGUCUGUGGUGGGAUGUUGCAUCGUUUGACUGGUGUCUGUCCUUCCUUAGCGGCCCCCAGGAGUGGACGUACAUGGUCAAUCCAGCAUUCAUGCACACCGACAAACCCUCCAACAUCGACGACGCAGCAAUAGGAAAAACACCACCACAACCAUCCACAACACCAACAUCCAUGUCCUUUUUCCUGGAGCGCCUGAAAUUGGCCGAAACAUGCAGAGGCAUCGUCGACACCCUAUCAUCGGACCAACUAACCGGCGAGGAAGUCGAGUACUCGAAGAUUCUCGAUCUCGAUCGCAAGCUGCAGGAAGUCCAGAGAAGCGCCCCGGACUUCCUCAACCUCAGCUCGACUUCUCGCCAGCGAUACGCCGAGCUCUACCAGCACCGCCCAAGCCUGGCCUGGCAACGCUGCAUCCUGCAACAAGGCUACUACUCCCGUCUCUGCCGCCUGCACCGCCCGUUCUUCAUCCGCGGCGCCCGCGACCCAGCAUACUCCUACUCAUACAUGGUAGGACUGAAUUCCGCCCGCAAGGUGCUGGAGAUCAAGCGGAUGAUGGACGAGGACGAGCCGCGAUUCACCCCGUCCAGUUCUGCUGUGUGGUCGAUCAUGCACCACGUCUUCAUGGCAGCCGUCAUCCUUCUCCUGGACGUAUGCUACAACCGCGACGACAUCCUCGACGAGAAGCGCAAGGAAGAGGUCCUGGCUGCGUGCCGGAUGCUCAACAAGGCGCGGCAGUCCUCGGCGCUCGUCAAGGAAGGCAUCGAUGCCAUGAUGGGUGUGUUGCAGGAACAUUGUAAGAGCGAGAUGCCCGCCAUGCCUCCGACUCUGGAAACGCAGCUGCCUCCGUCGGUGUCUGAGCAUGCUGUCCACCUGCACGUUCCUCUACCGUCCCCUCCGGUAUCUUCGGAACAGACCCCUCAGAACAGAGACUUGGAAGAUAUCUGGGCAGAGCUGAUUGAUUACGGUGGGAACAUGGAUUUCGGGACCGAUGAUUGGACGGGGCUCUUUACUGAUAUGACGAGGGCGGCGUUGCCUCUGGCAUAG